AUGGGAUCUUGGAAUAGGGCGUGCAGUAGCUCACUUGGUUUGGCGGAGUGUCUGUCACUGCUACAAAGGAAGUUCCUCCACACUCCUGGAGCAGCCUCCGGGCCUCCUGCUUUUGUAUUCGACAUCGACGGUGUCCUCAUCAGGGGCGAGACUGUCCUAGGGUCUGCCAAAAAGGCCCUUCAGCGCCUCUACACAAGAGGGGGUGAGCCAUGUUAUCCAAUCUGUUUUUUGACAAAUGGAGGAGGCGUAACAGAAGCAGAGAAAGCACAGCAGCUGUCAGCUUGGCUUGGUGUGAACGUGCGCAACAAUCAGGUGGUGCUAUCUCAUACACCCUUCAGGAGCCUGGCCAAGAGCCUGGGGAGCAAGCCUGUGCUGGUGGCUGGGGUGGGCAAAGUGGCAGAGGUGGCAAGGGAGUAUGGAUUCAAGCAUGUGCUUACCACAAGAGACAUUGCACUUGCUGUGCCAAAGGCAGUGCCCUUUUGGAAGGGUUCCCCAGCUGUGCCAGUGUAUUUCAGCAAUCCGGACCUGCUUUGGGCAGCAGACUUCCCGGCCCCCCGCUUUGGCCAGGGCGCCUUUGCAGCAGCUCUCAGAACGCUCUUUGCAUUGCAGACUACUGGUGGAGAACUGGAGCAUCAGUACUUUGGCAAGCCCCACAGAGCCCCCUAUGCAUUGGCUGAGGAGCUCCUCUUGGAGCAAGCAAUUCAGCUGGGCAAGUUGCCAGCAAGCACUGGAGCAGAAGCGGCCAAGCCAGGCAGGGCACUGCCUUUUGGGGCCAUCUAUGCAGUGGGAGAUAAUCCAAAGGCCGACAUAGCGGGUGCAAAUGCUCAGGGGCAACCUUGGGUGUCUGUACUGGUGAGGACAGGGGUAUUCAGUGGGGAGGACGGGGAAAAUGACAGGGAACACCCAGCAGAUGUGGUGGUUGAUGAUGUGGCGGGUGCAGUGGAGGCAGCUCUGCACAGAACUCGCAGCAGUGAGUGGCACAGCUUGCGCUGA